AUGUUGGUGCCUCGCGUUGCAAAGAGUGGUGGAAAUGCGAGUGGGGCUUCUCUCAAAUUGCCAUCGCCCGCUGUUCAAACCAAGACUAAGCUUGAUUUUCAAUCAUCCUCAUCUGACAACCAAGAAAUUUCAAAGAUAAAUGAUCAACCUCCUGAGCUUACAAAUGAAAAUGAGCAGAAUGGAGAUGCUAUGAAGGAAAGUCAAGACAGCGUAGCCGCCACUGCAACUGCUCUUGGAGCUGCUGCUGCUCGAGCAAAAUUGUUUGGCAGACCAGGAAGUCAGAGAGAUUGA